AUGCUAUCCGAUACCAGCUCGAGCUCUUCUUCCGGGUCUUUGGCAGAAGACGUGGGCGAUGCGCUCACCGCGGACCACGGACCAUACACCGCCCGCCCCUCCACAGACCUCUUUGACGAUGAGGAGGAGCUUGCCAACGAGUUCGGGGCGUCGAUCUUCGCGCGAAUAGACCAGGACACACCCUUCUCCUGCCGCCCGCCUAAGAACAGGCUCAACCUCGAGUGGCGCGACAUCAACUACAAGAUCACCUACGCACAGCCGGCCUUCGAAAACCGCUUCUUCCAGACGGCGCUCAAGUUCCUCCCGCUCCCGCCCGCGCUUCUCACGCGCUUAGGCCUCUACAAGACCGGCGAGAUACCGAUCCUGAACAACGUGAGCGGGAGUGUGGGCGCGGGCGAGCUCGUUGCCAUCAUGGGUCCCACCGGCUCGGGCAAGACCACCCUCCUCAACGUGCUCUCCAAGCGCAUCACCCACGGCGGCGCCAACCAUCUCACGGGCCAGGUGCUGAUCAACGGCAACGACAAGAUUACGGCCGCACGGCUCAAGCGGCGCAUGGCCUACGUGCUGCAGGAGGAUAUUUUCUUCCCGGAGAUCAGCGUGCGGGAGACGGUGCGCACGGCGGCCAUGCUCAAGCUGCCGCGCAAGAUGUCGGCCGCCGACAAGAAGGCUGCCGUGGAGGACGUGUUGAACGAGUUGGGCAUCUCGCGAUGCGCCAACACGAUCGUUGGCGACGGCUGGACCAGGGGCGUGUCCGGAGGCGAGAGAAAGCGAACGAACAUCGCCACGGAGAUCGUCGGUAACCGACCACUCGUCUUCCUGGACGAGCCCACCACCGGGUUGGAUGCGGCGACGUCGCUGGGCCUUGUGGUGUCGAUGCGCGCGCUGGCCCAGAGCGGACACACGGUGGUGUCGACCAUCCACCAGCCGUCGUCGGCCAUGUUCCUCAUGUUCGACCGGGUGAUCCUGCUGGCCGAGGGCGGGUGGACGGUCUACUCGGGUCCCACCAAAGACGUCCUCUCCUACUUUGCCUCGCUCGGCCUCCACGCGCCAAUCGGCUACAACGCGGCUGACUUCAUGCUCGAGGUGGUGAGCUGCCACAAGCCGAGCAAGGACGGACGAACCGUGCGGCAGCUCCUGAUCGACUCCUACGCUGCCCAGGAGCAGAAGCAGGAGCAGCCGGCGGAGAAGGAGAUGCAAGAAGAAGAGGACCAGAGUGAGCUGGAGCGGACGGUGCAAGACCUGAGAAAGGGGAAGAAGUACACGACGCCCUUCUGGUUGCAGCUUUGGAUCCUGGCCCAGCGCACAUUCAAGCAGCGGCGGGCCGAGAUUUUGUGCUGGCGGCAAGUAGUCCUCGUCGUGGCGCUCGCCGUGCUUUCGGGCCUGCUGUGGUUGCGUCUUGGCAAGGACGUCCCUGCGGAGCGAGCGGUGCUGAACAAGGAGCGGGACACGGGCACCUACCGCCUCUCGGCGUACUACUUGGCCAAGGUCCUUGCUGAGGUCCCACUCAUGCUGGUUCUCCCCUUCGUUUACGCCGUAAUCACCUACUGGAUGGUGGGACUUACGGAACACGCCGGGGCCUUCUUCCUGUACGUCCUCACGAUCUGCAUGCUCGCCGUCUUCAGCAGCGUCAUGGGCCUCCUCAUCGGGACUACCAUUCCCGACAUGUCCAAGGCGAUGGUGCUCUCCGUCAUCAUUCUCCUGGUCACUAUACUUCUCGGUGGAUUCUUCAUCAGCAGGAGGACGCUGCGAGAUUGGAUCUUCUGGGCGCGCUGGACCUCGUUCAUGAAGUACACCUACGAACUGGCUCUCCUCAACGAGUACCACAUCGGACACGACACCUUCACGCCAUCCACGGUCAACAGCCAGUACGCGACUGAUUUGACCGGCGGCGUCAUUACGGGCGAGGCCGUGCUCGACCAUGCCAACGUCGAAACCAAGAUCUGGGCCGACUUCCUCUUCCUCGCGGGCUCCAUCGUGUUGGCCCACACGCUGGCCUACCUCUCCCUGCGCUUCCUCAACAAGAAAAAGAUCUAG